AUGAUUCCUAAGAAAAUAGUGCAUCAAUAUCCGCUCGUUGCAUUGCUAACAGGUCCCGAUAGUCGAUAUAAAGAUCUUUUAUUAAGAAAUACGGAACAACUGCAAGCGUCUGUAAACAAUGAUAAACAUUCAUUUUUCCAAGUUUAUGUCCGUAAGUUCGAAUGGCAGAGAAUAAAAUUCACUGUCGUUGGCUAUUUUCAAGGUUCAUUGAAUGCAAAACAACAAAAGCGCUUAUUAAAACAUCAGAGACAAGAUAAAUCUCUUUGCUUUACAUUUCCUAUUAGUUAUUCAUGUCCGAUAGCACUUCAAAAACCUUCGACAUCUCUCAUAAGUAGUCCAUCAUUACAUUCAUCUAUUUCCAGGCAAGUUUCAAAUUCAACGAGUCGUUUGAAGUCAGCUGUUAGUAUCUCAUUUGUCGAUGAAAAUACUAUUAACUCAUCAUUUCUUCAUCGUCCGUCCUUUACUCAAAUCCGUUCUUCGAAUGCGUGCGAAUCGUGUCAUCCAAGCUUGUCAAAUGGUAUAUGUUCAUGUAUUGUUCAGAGUUUGUUACAAUUAAAUAGUAAAAAAAAAGCUAAUAUUCUCGUUGAACUCAAUGACAUAUUUGAAAAUCUUACCAGUAACAAUAUAAUCACGUAA